AUGAAACACAUUGAAAAAAAAGAUAUUGACAAUCUAAUUAAGGAAACGCAUAAUAAUCAGCCUGAAGUUGUAAUAGAGUGGAUCCCAUAUGAGGAUUUUACAAAUAUAGAAUACCUUAGAGAAGGUAUUUUUAGUGAAAUUUAUAAGGCCACAUGUUCAAAAGGAACAAUAAAAAGUUGGGAUAGGAUAGAAAAAGUUGUUUUAUUAAAAGUUGUCAAGGAUUCUCAAAAUAUUAAUUCAACAUUUUUAAACGAGUUACGAAACAUUGUUAAAUGCCAGCCUAAUUCUGAUAUGCAUCACAUUAUUCAUUGCUAUGGAAUAUCACAAGAUCCGAUUAUAUUAAAUUCUAGAUAUUGGGAUGUAGACAAAAUUUUUCUAGAAGCUGAAGAUAGACGACAAGAAUUACUUAAUUCGGGGGAGUUUCCACCACCUAAACCUUUACUAUCAGUGCUUGUAACAAGAUCAAAUCUUUUUCAAAACAUUAUCAGUGAUUCAAUUAAUAUUAUUCCUGAGCACCUUAAAAAUGAUAAAAGCCUAAAUUUAACAAAUAUGUCAACCUCAAAAAAACACUCGGUCGAAUUUUCAAUAAAUAAAAAUGAUUAUAAUGAAAUAAAACGACGAAAAUUAUCUGAUAAUGAUUCAACGAUAAACCCAUCAACUUCAAAAAAACACACUACCGAAUUUUUAAUAAAUAAAAAUGAUAAAGAUGAAAUAAAACGAAGAAAGUUAUCUGAAAAUG